UUGUGCAGCAUGAGGGUUUGAAACUAGGAAUACAUUUUUCAGUUUCCCAAAGAAAUGGCAACAAAACCAUCCACUAACAUCUGGAUUCGACGUCAGCAGUGUCCAUGUGGAGAUUGGAAGUGUUACAUUAAGUACGAAGGAGACGAUCAGACAUCAGCAAGUUCUCAGCAAGUAAAGACAGAGGCACUGUCAUCCACGUCAUUUCAGGAAGCUGCCUUCACUCCUUAUGUGGGUCAGAUAUUCAAAAGUGAUGAUGAGGCUUUUGAAUACUACAGUAAUUUCGCAAGGAAGAAUGGAUUUUCAAUCAGAAAAGCACGCUCAACUGAAAGCCAAAAUUUAGGUAUCUACCGGAGAGACUUUGUUUGUUAUCGUUCUGGAUUUAAUCAGCCGAGAAAAAAGGCAAAUGUGGAGCAUCCCAGGGAUCGAAAGUCAGUACGAUGUGGAUGCGAUGCAAAGCUGUAUUUGACGAAGGAAAUUGUUGAUGGUGUCACUCAGUGGUACAUUUCACAAUUUAGUAAUGUUCACAACCAUGAAUUAUUGGAAGAUGACCAAGUGCGUUUGCUUCCUGCAUAUCGGAAGAUACAGGAGGCUGAUCAAGAAAGGAUUCUCUUACUCUCCAAAGCUGGGUUUCCUGUGAAUCGGAUAGUUAAGGUGUUGGAACUAGAAAAGGGAGUUCAACCUGGCCAGUUGCCUUUUAUAGAGAAGGAUGUGAGAAACUUUGUUCGGACUUGUAAGAAGACCGUUCAGGAAAAUGAUGCAUUGCUUACGGAGAAAAGGGAAAAUGAUUUACUGGAACUUCUUGAGGCCUGUAAGGCUAUGGCACAGAGGGAUGUGGAUUUCGUUUAUGACUAUACAACUGAUGAAAAUGAUAAAGUUGAAAAUAUUGCUUGGUCAUAUGGAGAUUCUGUUCGUGCUUAUACACUGUUUGGCGAUGUGGUUACAUUUGACUCCACUUAUCGUUCUAUCACCUAUGGAUUGCUCCUAGGAGUUUGGUUUGGCAUGGAUAAUCAUGGUAACGCUAUUUUGUUGGGGUGUGUAUUGCUGCAAGAUGAAAGUUCUCAUUCAUUUGCAUGGGCGUUACAGACUUUUGUCCGCCUUAUGAGAGGAAGACGUCCACAGACAAUUCUAACAGAUAUAGAUUCAGGGCUGCGGGAUGGUAUAGCAAGGGAAUUGCCAAAUACUAAACAUGUUAUUUGUAUAUGGCAUAUCCUGUCCAAAUUAUCCAGUUGGUUCUCUCUGCCUCUUGGAUCACAGUUUGAAGAAUUUAAAGCUGAGUUUAAUAUUUUGUGUCACCUGGAGAAUGUAGAAGAUUUUGAACACCAGUGGAAUCUUUUGGUUGCUCGUUUUGGACUUGCUUCAGAUAAACACAUAGCUUUACUCUUCUCAUAUCGAGCAUCCUGGCCAUUUUCCUAUAUUAGAGGUUACUUUCUGGCUCGUGCAAUGACAGCAGAGUUUUCUCAAUCUUUGGAUACUUUCUUGAAAAGAAUCUUGAGUGGACAAACAUGUUUGCAAAUUUUCUUUGAGCAGGUUGGUACUGCUGCCAACUUUGGAAAUUUAACCAGAGAAGGAAUGCAGUAUAUGCAUAUCAAAACCUGCAUGCCUAUUGAAGAGCAUGCACGAAGCAUUCUUACACCAUAUGCCUUCCGCGUAUUACAACAUGAAAUUGUGCUGUCCUUGCAGUAUGCAACAACUGAAAUGGAUAAUGGCUCAUAUCUUGUGCGACACUACAAGAAAAUGGACGGCAUUCUCUUCGAGUGUUUGUAGUGAAGAACUGCUUUCAGCUCCCGGAAAAAUAUCUUCUCCUUCGUUGGCGACUGGAGAGCUCAUUAGUUCCUAUGGAAGAUCAGCAUGCUCUAGGUAGCAGUGAUCAAUGUGCUGAGGCCUUUCAUUCCCUUGCUGCAUCUCUGUUGACAGAAUCAUUGAUAUCCAGAGAACGUUUUAGUUAUGUCCAUAGAGAACUUACUGGGCUUCUUGAUCAUGUCAGAAGUAUGUCAUUGAGUGAUGAAUAUGCUGUGAAUAUGGCAGCUAACAAUGUCAGUGAAUCAUAGGUUGGGCAAAGUAGCAAAUGGUGGGUCAAUAUAGCUGCCCUUGGAAACUUUUUCUUAAAAAAUUUAAGAGAUACCUGGAAGAUGAUACAGAGAGAGGUAUCGAAGGCACAUUACAAGAUUAGUAACUGGAGAUAGUUUUGCCUCUGAGUGGUGUGUAUAGCUAAGAACGUGUUUAAAUGGGUAUAUGUAUCUCAAGGUAGGUAUGGUUCAUUCAAUAUCAUAGAAGAGUAUGUUCCUGAUGAAUUAUCUGUUUUGCCAUG